CAACGUUCGCCGAACAACAACAACACUCUUGUGUAAGUGUCCCAGGUGAGCGGCGGUGUAGGAGUCUGACUCUGAGGUCUUCCUUCGUCGACAUGUCCGUGCUGCUCCGAGUCUGUGCGACGGCCCGCGCACAUCUCUUGUCCCGGGGUGCGGUGCCGGACUCCACCUGCGCCGUCUGGUCACGUCACGCCAGUGGAGCAGCGAAGGACAAAGAGCCGCUGAGGAAAGCCAAAACACCUCAGGGACGCUUCGACACACCUGAGGAGAAGAAGAGCGCUGACGUCCUGCAAAAAUUCCCAGAUGAUGUGAACCCCGUAACAAAAGAGAAAGGGGGCCCCAGGGGCCCUGAACCCACCCGUUAUGGAGACUGGGAGCGGAAGGGUCGCUGCGUGGACUUCUAGCCCGCAGCAGCAUGCAGUGCUGGCUGGUCUGGCUCCUGAGGUGAUGCUGGUGCUUCUGUGAGGCCCCCGUAUGUACAGAGGUGAAGAGGUGACUCUCGUGCCACUGCUGUGUCACAUGCUAGACUUCAUGCUGUGUUCCUCAUUAAAGCCUGUGGUGUUGGACUCACUUGAGUGCGUGUCUCUCCUGGAUGACAUUGUUAACAUGCGUGUCUAAAAGGAGUGUGUCUUCGUUCACACGUGUGGUACAGUCCACAAAACAUUUUCUUUCAUUCUCAUUUUAGUCAUUGAGUCUUGAUGACUACCCUUGGCCAGCAGAUGGCGGCAGAGAAAACGCCACCUGCUUUGUUUAUUUUUGUAAAAAAAAAUAUAUGUAAAAACAUAAAUGAAAAAGAAAACUUUGUUUACAUCAAUAUAUUUGGUUGACCUUUUGAAAUAUGUCCCAAACAUUCUUUCCUUCUGAAAAUAAACUCUCGGCUCCGACCAGCA